AUGCGGCCAAUACUCGCGCGCAACUGGAGCGGGCGAGCCCAUCGAAACUGCCAGACCAUCCGCCUACUGUCUAGUGCUCCUCAGCGCAACAGCAGACUCCGCGCCCGCCUGGAAAUCCCCCCUCCCUUCCCUGUUACAAAGACAUGCCCUGAACCAAGCUGCAAUUGUCCACCCACGCCCACCCUGCCGGAAGGUCUACCGAUCGAUCAUGAACAAGCCUUAACUGGGACGAUGGCUGCCUACGCGCAACAGCUUCUCGUCUGCACAGGACAGCCAGACUGGACCAGUCGCAUUGAGGAUGAUGGCGAAAACACUGGCUGGGGCAACCUUGUGAGAGGACUGAAGAGCCUGUUAGGUCGUGGUGGGCCAUAUCUUGAUGUAAGUGAAUCAUAUAACCCAACAAUGGAUGUACGAACUCUUGCUUAUACGAGAUUUUCAUCGCUCCAGCCUUUCAACAAUGUCUUGGUCACGAGUUCAUCUAUCACCCCAGCUGCAGGCUCCUCCUCCACCUCCGCCUCGGCAUUCCUCUUCCCCAGCUUCAAAUACAUUCCCUCAAUACCUGUGAAAACAACCUCAUCGCCCGAUCAAACAACCGAGCUAACGACCUUUGUACGCGCAUAUCUUCUCCCCGAACGACUCCAUGAUAUGCACUCCUCUCUCCCCGCAACCAAACAAGCAGAUAUGACCCGAUCCCCGGACUUAGUAUCAAACUUCCCGGGAGUAAUAGACAUCAACCACUCUCCGACAGUGUUAAUAUGCGGACAUGGAGGUCGCGACAUGCGUUGUGGUGUCAUGGCCCCGGCAUUGGAAAGCGAGUUUAAGCGCGUGUUGCAAGCACGAGGAUUCACCUCCGCAGAUAGUGAUGGGACCACGGUGGAUGGCCCCAAACACGCUAAUAUUGGUCUGAUCAGUCAUGUUGGAGGACACAAAUACGCAGGCAACGUGAUAGUUUAUAUACCGCCGAAGAUGACAGUGGGAACUUCUUCAGAGCCUCACCCGCUGGCGGGUAAGGGGAUUUGGUAUGGCCGCAUUGAGCCCAAGCAUGUGGAGGGUCUUGUCGAUGAGACUAUUCUCGGCGGGAAAGUGGUUAUGGAUCAUUUCCGGGGUGGCAUUGACAGGAAUGGUGAUAUUUUGAGGAUAUAG